GCUGCGGCCCAAAGGAGGUCGCAGGAGGGACCGGCUUGGCGGUGAAGCGCGGGGUCAGAGGUCACUGGCGAGCUGGGAACCGGACCAAACCGGACCAAACCGGAACGAACCGGACCAAACCGGACCGGACCGGGGCCUGGACUCGAAGCCGAACCCGUGGAGGGCAGGACGGAGCUUCUGCAGCCCAAGCGCGGGGACUGUAAAAGAUGGGAGGUACUGAUAAGGAUACAUCGAGUUCGAGCGACUCGGAACCAGAGAGCGAGGUUCAAGAGGAGCCGGGAUUUUUCAUCUCCUCAGUGGAUAUUCAGGAUGAACGCCGCAUAGAUGUAUAUGCCACCCUGGCCUUUCAGUGCCUCGAUGAGUUGUUUACUGCUGGAAAAAUCUCCGGAACAAGGGUAGCGGAGCUGAAGGCAAAAUACACCUUGCUGCAUGAGACUGUCAUCAGAAUGCAACAGUCAGAGGUCCAGCUGUUGCGGGAUGCCAAACGUUUCACUUCUGAAGUAGAACGUCAGCAGCAACAGCUGGAGAAAGCAGAGAACUUUCCAGAGGCAUUUAGCACUGAGGUCUCCAAGAUGAGAGAGCAACUCCUUAAGUAUCAGAAUGAAUAUUCAGCCAUCAGAGAGAGGGAAUACCACACACAGUACAGGUUGAAAAACUUACUAGAGGAAAAAAGGCUUGUUCAGCGGGAAUAUGAGAGGAUCCUUAAGCCCGGAGAACUAGAGAAGAAGUUAAGAUCAUUGAAAGAAAGUUCUGAAGAACUACGGAAAGAUGUCAUUCAGAAGAAGCUGGAAAUCAAAACCUUACGUGAAGAUGUGUGCUCAAAGCAGAAGCAGUACCAAAAGGAGCAGCAAAAUCUUGAAGAAUUGCUGGAACUUCAAGGCAACCUGAAGGAUGAAUUAGCCCGCCAUCAAACCAUUCCUGUACAAAUUGGAAAAGAAAUGGAAAAGAUCAUGCGCAAAAAAGUAGAAACUGAGAAGAAAAGAAAAGUACUUGAAGAUCAGGUCCAAGAAUUAAGUGUUGCCCUUAGGAAAGUGGAAAAUAAAACUAAUAAAGUAUUGGAAGAAAAAGAAGAUGUAAUCAAAGAAGUAGAAGGAAAGCGAGCCUUACUUGACAGCAAAGAGCGAGAAUUCAACCAACUGAAAAAGUUACUGGAAUUGAACAAGGAGAAUGAAGCCACGUCAUUAAGUGAAAGGGGUUAUUUGGACCUCAACUUACGCAACUGCCAGAUCGACAAGCAGAACGCGCACGAUGAGUUGACACGAAAGCAGAGGGAGAAAGAGCGAGAUUUGCGCAAUCUGAAGAAGGUGGAGCUCCUGCUGAAAGUCGCUCAUGAUUCCCUGGAUCUCACCCAAGUGAUGCAUCAACGGCUCUGUUUGGAGAUGGAAGGUUUGCCUAAAGACAACGGGUCACUGGCCGACCGAAGGAAGGAACUCCACAGGGAGGUCGAAAUAGCGAAGAGGAGUCUGGCCCAGCAGAAACUCCUAACAGAUGUGGAGACCCACCUGUUAGAACACUGCAUUGAAGAGGAAGCCAAGCUUUUCAAAGAGCAUGAAUUCCUUCGGGAGCAGGUAGCCAACCUUCUUCGCCUGACUCAACUCAAAGCUGAUGAGAGGGAACAGAAAUCUAAAGACCUCAUAAAAGCCCAGCAAAGACAUUUCAACAUUACUAAAGAAAUCAAAUCCAGGGAUCUGGAGAUCAGGCUGUGUAAGAAGAAAAAUUGUGAAAUUCAUAAGAGACUCAAAGAGUUUGCUAAACUCUACGAUACUGUUCGGAAUGAGAGAAACAAAUUUGUUAACUUACUUCAUACUGCUCGCCAGAGAGUAAAUGAAAUAAAAGAGAGAUAUAAAAUGUCAGUGAACGAACUGGAAAUUUUGAGAAACAAUGCAGUAAUCCAAGAAAGGAAGCUCCAGAAUUGCAUGCUGAAACAUGCCAACAACGUCACCAUCAAAGAGAGCAUGCAAAACGACGUGUGCAAGAUCAUGAUGGUGCACCAGGAAAUGAAAGAAAAGAGGGAGCAGCAAUUGCUCAACAUCAACAAACUCUCUAACAUGGUCAAGCUGGCUGAGGAGGAGAUGGUACAGCUGCGCAAGAAAUACGAGCGAGCCGUUCAGAGCCGAAACGAGAGCGGUGUCCUGCUGAUAGAGCGGGAAGAAGAAGUAUGCAUUUUUUACGAAAAAAUCAACGUUCAAGAGAUGAUGAGCCGAAACGGAGACAUCGAGGUGCACACCUUGGAAGAAAAGAUCAGGUUUCUGAAGCUGAAGAUUGCCGAGAAGCAGAGAAAGAUUAAUCUGUCCCAAAAAAUGUUGCCUUUGAAGAGAGUGCUGGAUGCAGACAUGGUGGUGCUUCAGAUUCAGUUUUCCCAAUGUAAAGACAAGAUCAGAGUCCUGGAGAAAAAGUUUAUAAACCCUAAUGGGGUGAACAGAGCACGCUUCCUUCCGGGGAAAGACCUGACGCUGAAGGAAAUGAUCAAAAAGAUAGAUGAGUUGGAAUUCCUCCUGGCGAAGAAAGAGGAGAAGCUGCUGGAAAAGGACUUCAUCUAUGAGCAGGUUUCUCGGCUGACAGAUCGACUCCGUACCAGAACCGAGAGCAACAAGCAGGACACCCUUCACUUGGCCAAAAAGAUGACCGAAUUCCAGAAGAGGCUCAAGUGCGCGACCCAGAAGAUGAUGGCCCUUGUUGCCGAGCUGUCCAUGAAGCAGGCCGCGACCAUCAAGCUCCAGAAGGAAGUGAGGGACAGGGAGCAGCUCCUGUUCUCCUGCUCCUCCAGGCUGGAAAGAGGCCUUCCGCUCGGGGAGGAGAUCGAGGAGCAGUGGCUGAAAGUGCUGAGGGAUGAAGACAUGCACAAAGCGGCGGCGGAAGAAAAAGUGCAGCUCGCCAUGGAAGAGGAGGAGCACCUGCUGCCUUCAGGGGUUCGCACAACAGCCGAGCAGCGCCCCAACGCCUACAUCCCAGAAGCAGAAGGGGCCCUACCCCUGCCCCGGCCCUAUGGGGGACAGGCUCCUUUCAAACCCACUGAACCUGGUUCCAACAUGAGGCACAUAAGAAAGCCCGUUGUGAAGCCAAUUGAAAUCUGACCUGCCCACACUACCCGAGAGGGUCUGGGGGUCACUGCCCCACCGCAGUCUCUCUGUACUCCAGACGCAGUCCUUAACCAACCCUCAGAAUGGGGGGGUGGGGGGAGGGUGGCCUUGGCAUGCUUGUCCACGUUUCACCAAAAUAAGUGCCACAACAGUAAUUCUGUUAUUUUUCUAAUUAUAA